AGAACUCCAGGGAGAGAAGAAAGAGUUGAAAAUGUGUGAUCGGAGAUCAGUGUUGAUGCAGAUCCCAGAACCGCAAGCCAAAAUCACAGCUGUCAGAAGAUCCUACAUGGAUAUUUUGGGGUCUCGUCCCGCUGCAGACACCAGGAGCCGCAGGAAACACACGCGUGCAUUGGACGCAGGUUCACACAGACGCUGGACGACUGACCCUCAGAGAGAUGAUGUGGACACCUGUCAGACGUCCGGCUCGAAACAGCUGCUCAACAGUCUCAUACUGGCCGAGCAGUCGGUUCAGAUGGUGUCCAGCUCGCUCGCAUCUGACCUGAAGAUCUUACUGGACGGUCUGCAGCAGAAGAAGAUCAGUGUGUACAGAUCCAUCCCAUAUUCACGCCUCGGAUCCAACCGGGACGCUCACUGCUUCAGGAAAGCUCGGCCUCACUUACUGGCUUUCAAGCGUUCGUGUCGUGAAGGAGGUGUUUUGCUCCUACAGAACUCUGAAUGGGAGAUACUUCUGGAGUUUGUCGUGUCGGCGUGUCGUUUGACCAGCGAGCUGCCGCAGUGGGAUACGAGCAUUCACAACACACUUCAGCAGCACUGCUUCAACACGCUAGCGGAGUUCUGUACCGCCGCACUGCAGAAACACACACCCGCGGCCCGCAGAGCACGACAACUACUGCACAGGUUUAAAGCGGCUGCGGUGUCGAGUCGAGGUGUGUGUGUGUGUUUAGAGGAGCUGGAGAAAAUCCUGCACGAAACAUCACAAACACAAACCGACCCAUCAGAACUAAAGUUCAGUCACAUCAGCACACAGCCCAAAAUACACCAUAUGAAACUCUCUCUGAUGACAUGAGCGAGUGCCGUCAGUGGAAACCAGAGAACCUCCAUCAUGAGGAGUGUCGACUGAGUACUUGAAUUGUUUUAGAAUCAUUUUAAACUUUAGUACUGAAUUUGUUGUGCAGCUGAAUUGUAAAUAUAUUUGUAUGUAAAUGUGUGAUUAGCUUUUUUUAAUUAUUUGUCUGGAUCAUUUUGAAUCCACUUUCAGAGUUAUUUUGUUAUAACUAAAUGUCUGUCAGCAGUAUGUGUGCCAUGUGUAUAGUGUGUGUACCAUCUGUGUCAUGUGUAUCGUGUGUACCAUGUGUGUCAUUUGAAUAGUGUGUGUGCCAUGUGUAUCGUGUGUACCAUGUGUCGUGUGUACCAUGUGUGUCUUGUGUACCAUGUGUGUCAUGUGUAUAGUGUG